AUGAGGCUGGAGUUCUUGGGGCUCAAGUGGGCCAUGACUGAGAAAUGUAGGGAAUAUCUGCUUGGUCAUAAAUGUGUUGUCUUCACUGACAACAAUCCCCUUAGCCACCUGUCCACGGCAAAGCUUGGAGCCACUGAACAACGUUGGGCAGCCCAACUUGCGUCUUUCGACUUUGAGAUUAAGUACCGCUCUGGUAGAAGUAAUGGAAAUGCUGAUGCCCUGUCCCGUCAGCACCCACCAGGGGUGCAAGAUCUUGAAGCUAUGCUCCCUAGCACCUCACUCCCCUUGCCUUUACGGCAAGCCUUGCCAGUAGCACAGGCAACCCAAGCAGCUGUCAUAGCCUUGCCUCAUCAUACACAGUCUGAUAUGGAGGCACUUCAGCAAGCCGACCCCGUCCUUCAGGAAUUCUUGGUGUUCUGGAGAAGGAGGCAGCGUCCAAGCAAUGAUGAGAGGAAGCAGUUGUCCCGGCAAGCAUUGGCACUGCUCCGCCAAUGGGACCGGUUAGUUGAGAGGAGUGGGGUCCUCUAUCGCCAGAUCUUUCGCUCUGAUGGGGCUGAAGCAGUUCUGCAGCUGCUUUUGCCAGCUGCUUUGAGAGAGCAGGUGCUCACCGAAGUCCACCAGAGGCAUGGCCACCAAGGUAUUGAAAGAACCUUGGAGCUACUUAGGCAGCGGUGUUACUGGCCAGGUAUGUCCUCUGAGGUGGCUCGUGCUCCCAUGGGACACUUGCUGGCUUCUAGACCCAAUGAAAUUCUAGCCAUUGACUUCACUGUCUUGGAGCCCACCUAUACAUUCAGCUAUCGGGUCGGGCAUGCAACAGUGGCUGUCAUCGUCAAGGAGGUUGCGGGUGCCAUCUGGACCGCGCUGGUCGAGGAGACCAUGCCGGUACCACAGACGGAGGACUGGAGAGCCAUCGCUGCUGGGUUCCAGGAGCGCUGGAUCUUUCCAAAUUGCGUUGGUGCCAUUGAUGGGAAGCACGUGGUGAUCCAGGCUCCGGCAAAUUCUGGGUCCCUCUACUUCAACUACAAGUCCAGCCACUCCUUGGUACUGCUGGCUGUCGUGGAUGCUGAGUACCUCUUCAGGGUAGUGGAUGUCGGAGGUUUUGGAAGGAGCAGCGACGGUGGGAGCCUGCAGAAUUCCGCUUUUGGAGAGAGCCUCAGAGAUGGCAGUCUGCAGCUACCACCUGACACCGUCAUCCCAGGAGCAGAGCGGCUGGGCCUUCUUCCCCAUGUGUUUGUUGGAGAUGAGGCUUUUCCGCUGCUGGACAACCUGCUGCGUCCGUUCCCUGGACGUCAGCUCACGCGUGAAAGGAGGCUGUUCAACUACCGCCUCAGCCGGGCCAGGUUGGUGGUUGAAUGUGCGUUUGGCAUCCUCUCAUCUCAGUGGAGAAUGUUCCGGCGUGUCAUCACCACCAGCCCGGAGGUAACAGAGUUGUGUGUGAAGGCCACCUGUGUGUUGCACAACUUCCUCCGCAGGAAGACAAUAGGAAGGUCAUCACGCACACCUGUUGUCCCUGUCGUCGCAGAGUCGAGUGAUGAAGCUCCAACCCUGCGUGAUGCACCUAUGAUGGGCUCAAACAACGCCACACGCCGAUCCAUCCAACUGCGGGAGACCUUCUGCUCCUAUUUGAAUGAGGAGGGUGUAGUGUCAUGGCAGCAUAAAGUGGUGUAGGGUCACCAUGGCUCCUCCAAACCAAAAGCUCUUUUAAGA